AUGAAAUACAUCGUUGACCUUCAAGUGCGAGGAUCGUCUCUAACUGUUAUCAGAUGCAUGUUCAAAGAGGAGGAACAAAGCUCUUCGCCAGAGUAUGAUUCAGAUAACAGAUCCAAAAUAGAUAAUAGUGGAAAGCUAGUGGAAUUUUUAAAUCUCUUAAAAACAGUCGUUAAAAGAAAGUUAGAAGGCUUUCCAAAAAGUCGCUUAAAAGACUCAAUUAUAACAGGACAAGAGCUAGUGAGAGAGGGUCAAGGAAGCAUUGAAAUCAAGGAUCCACCGACCGAAGCACAACAGCAUUUAAUCAGGAGUUUAGCGAAGGUUUUGUUACAUCAGUUUUCAAGUACAAUUGCCUCUGUAAUGGCAGUGAAUGAAGGUCAGGAUAAUUUAUUUUUGUCUUUAUUUGUUAAAAAGAUCUCUAUAGAACCAGUGCCAGCAUCUUAUGUCCCUGCUAAAUUGAGCUUGCAUGAAAAAAUGAAUUUGAACCAGCACAUAGAUUCUAUUUUGUGCUCUAAAGAGAUUGAUGAAUUGAAAACUUAUCAAGUCGGCUCGGUUGAUAAAUUCAUAAUCCAUCCUUUCUGUUGCCUAGAAGAGUAUAGACAGCAAAGAAAUGGGAAUUUGCUGUCUACAGAAUUUGACAAGAUUGACUUAGAAGUUGACGAAGAGGAUAAUUUUGAAGGGGAAACUUUAAGUUCCUGCAUCAAUCCAAUGGGGAAUUUUGACAUCCCACUAACCAAGCAGACACUGAACUUCGUGAACAUAUCAUUCCUUCCGAGUACAAGUUUCGAAGGGCAAUGGGAAGCUUUGUAUUUUGGUGACAAUAUCAAGGAGAGAUUAUAUAGCUACGCAACUAUAUCCCUCAAAAUAGCGAGUUUCAAACAAACAGGGAACUUUAAUCGAGAAGACAUUAAAACCUUAAUAACAAAUAAUAAAUUACUCCUCGUACAUGGCCCUCCAGGAACAGGUAAAACAACCUUAUGCAAGGCCCUUUGCCAAAAACUGUCUGUGAGGCGAGAAUUUUCUGAUGCUUCGAAUAUAAUCGAUACAAAUUACAAGGGAAUAAUAAUUGAAUUGUCUUGUUCACGCAUCUUUUCUAAAUGGUUUGGGGAAUCAUCUAAGAAUAUAUCAAUAAUAUUCAAAGACAUUGAGGAGCUGUUAAAGGUUAACGAAAGGCAAGGAAUUUUCGUAUGUCUUUUGGUAGAUGAAGUUGAAGCGAUAGCGAGCUCAAGAGCAAAUCUAUCAAAUAGAAAUGAAUCAACAGAUGGUAUCCGUGUAGUGAACACUUUACUAAUUCAACUUGACAGGCUGAAGAAAUACCACAAUUUUCUGACAUUGGCAACAUCUAACUUAUUAGAUUCUUUGGACGAUGCCUUCGUUGAUCGAGCCGACGGGGUUUUCUUUAUUGGAAAUCCAACAGCUGAGGGCAUCCUUCAUAUUCUGAGGGUGUGUAUAGAAGAGAUGGUAUGUUUAGGCAUAGUAUCAUUUCGCACAGGAUCUCCUGGAAUCUCGUUCUUCGACAAAUAUCAAGAUAGUUUGCAAAAAAUUGCAACCAAAUGUUCGACCCUCGAUAUCAGCGGCAGAACUACAAGGAAAUUACCAUUGAUGUGCCUUUCCGAAUACUUCCGGACAUUUCCUGUAGACAGUGAUGAGUUCGUUGUGGCAUUGGCGAUGUCAGCACGAAAACUGGGCGCUGCGCGAAAGUGGUGA